GGAAUCAUCUUUGUAGAAUGCUACAAAACUUAAAAGAUCCUUUCAUAAAAAAUGCACUGGACUAGAAUGUCGAGAGGCGUCGUGCUCUGCGUUGUAUUGCUAAGUGGCGCGUGUCUGUGUGUGUUAAAUAAGCAUUUACUUUCACUGGAUGCUGUAAAGGAAGCGAACCUACAAGAAUACGUCGACACAAGCACAGGCAGCCAUGGAAAACAGAAACACCCCAGCGGUCGAGUGUUCGAGAGAAGGCGUCUCCAGGACGAGGCAGAAUACUUCCAUCUUCUGAAAAAGCCGAGCGGAUUUCGCUGUAGAAAGCUUCUGAGCUUAGGAGGAGCGUCUUGCCGUAAAGCCGUCGAUGGAGAUAAACACUUAUGCAUGGACCCUUACAUUCAGCCUCCGGUUAAUGGGUGCCUCGUCUACUCUUUCGGAAUUAGCAGUGACGUUUCUUUCGAGGUUACCCUGAACCAAGUCUUCACAUGUGAAACGUAUAUGUUUGACCCGACCAGACUGGCCGCCUGGCUAUUGAUGGAAGAUCUCCCAGACAACAUUCACUUUGAUUAUCGAGGAGUGGACGUCGCCAAUAAGGUGUUGGUAGGACUACUGCAGAAGAACCUGACCGAAGUCUACUCGACAUUCGAUGAUAUUUUGAGAAUGAAUGGCCAUCUGGGGCGAACGAUUCACUACCUCAAAAUGGAUAUCGAAGGAUCCGAAUGGGAGGUUUUGGAGUACAUGAUGGAUAAAGGCCUCUUGAACAACGUCUUGCAGCUUGCUGUUGAAAUCCACUCUGAUUAUGUCAAGACGAAACCUACUUCGCUUUGGCUGGCAGAAUUCCAGUCACAGGCCACCAAAACCGACAGCGACAACCCUCCAUCAUACGAAGACAUUAUCGCAGAAGACAGGAACCGCCACGGACCCUUACCGGAUAGAUCAAAUGGACUUUCACACUACAUAGAUUUAGAUUUGGGACUACCAACAUACGCAGACGCUGCGAUGUUUGCUAUGGCUUCAAAAGCAACCACCAGAUGAUCGCCUUUAUCCAGUGUAAGAAGGAUAUAUUUCUCACGAGUAACAAAACAAAAUAACAAGUGGACGAUCUCUGGAAUUCCAGAGAAAAUCUUUGUAUUGGGAUACAAUGAAAUUUUCCUACCUAUUAAACGGAGCUGUUUGUUAUGGUACCCCUGAUGAAUAAAUAGAAUUGCGUUCAUUAAGUUGCCAUUACUAAAGAUUCCAUUGGUUUUGAUGAGCUAGGUUUCAGCUCUAUCUCUUAUAAGCUGCUGGUUUUAAGGUAACUUACCUUUAUUCAGUUUCCUCCAAUCACUGAAAACCUCUUAUCAAAUCCACCCUGAUUUCAGAACUAGGAGAAAAAAUUCAAUGUCAUUCGUGGGAUUGAACCUAGAUAUGAAUGGUUUUCCAUGUUCGCUGAAAUUCUGGAUACCGGUUCCUCUGCAGAAUAAUAGCUACUGCUUUCUUUUAUAUAAAUAAAUGUGACUUGAAAAAGUCAUUUAAUCUCAGCUACAAAGGGCAUUCCAGGCUUUGCGAUGAAAAAUAACAGUUGGUCAAAGCUGAAUUACAUUGAAGCUAAUAUUGUUAAAUAUGUAUUAUAUUAAAGAAGUAAGAUUUA